AUGUUCAGUCAGCUUUGCGAUUUCGGCUGUACCAAAUUGGGAUGGGGCGGGCGAUGGGAGGUGGCUCCCGACCCGGCGUGCAAAGCCGCCCCAGAAGGCUGUGGGUAA